AUGUUAACGUUAAGAGAAAGGCAAAUAAAUGCCAUCAAGCAAAUGCUUAAUUUAAAUGUGCAACAGGUGAAGGUGUUAGCUGCUGAGCCAAUUUGGAAAAUACUAAUUUAUGAUCGAGUGGGUCAAGACAUAAUUUCGCCUAUAAUUUCAAUAAAAGAAUUAAGGGAAUUGGGUGUAACAUUGCAUGUUCAAUUACAUUCCGAUCGCGAUUCUAUACCAGAUGUGCCGGCCAUUUAUUUUUGCCUGCCAACCGAUGAGAAUCUUGACCGCAUACAACAAGAUUUCUCCAGUGGUCUAUACGACAUUUACCAUUUAAAUUUUUUAGCUCCUAUUUCACGUAAAAAAAUUGAAGAUUUAGCUGCUGCCGCUCUACAAGCAGGAUGUGUGGCCAAUAUACAUAGGGUUUACGACCAGUAUCUUAACUUUAUUAGUUUGGAAGAUGAUUUCUUCAUUUUAAAACAUCAAAAGGGCGAACAACUAUCUUAUUAUAGCAUUAAUCGAGCUAAUGCACGCGACGAUGAAAUGGAGGUUCUUAUGGAUUCUAUAGUGGAUUCCUUGUUUGCGGCGUUCGUUACAUUGGGUAAUGUGCCCAUCAUCCGUUGUCCACGUAAUACGGCCGCGGAAAUGGUUGCUCGUAAAUUAGAGAAAAAGCUACGAGAGAAUCUUUGGGAUGCUCGCUCAAAUUUAUUUCAUAUGGAUGCCACGCAAGCUGGUGGGGGAAUAUUUAGCUUCCAACGGCCGGUGUUGCUGUUGCUCGAUCGCAAUGUAGACUUGGCCACACCUUUACACCACACCUGGUCGUAUCAGGCUUUGGUACAUGACGUUUUGGAUUUGGGUUUAAAUUUAGUAUAUGUGGAAGAUGAUGCACCAAGUGGAGGAGUACGCAAAAAACCUAAAGCCUGUGAUUUGGAUCGCAACGAUCGCUUUUGGGCCACCCAUAAAGGCAGCCCCUUUCCUAUUGUUGCUGAGGCUAUACAAGAGGAAUUGGAGUCUUAUCGCAAUUCCGAAGAGGAAAUCAAACAUUUGAAAACUUUUAUGGGCAUAGACGGUGAAAAUGAAGUAGCUUUUUCUAUGGUAAAUGACACGACAGCACGUCUGACGAGCGCUGUAAACUCUCUGCCUCAACUCAUGGAAAAGAAACGUUUAAUAGACAUGCAUACGAAAAUAGCAACCGCUAUAUUAAACUGCAUUAAAGCGCGACGUUUAGAUUCUUUUUUCGAACUGGAAGAAAAAAUCAUGUCUAAGCAAACCUUAGAUAAACCUCUGUUUGAACUUUUCAAAGAUCCCGAAUUCGGCACCAUUGAAGAUAAAUUGCGGCUAUUUGUGAUUUUCUACAUUUGUUCGCAAAACGUUCCUGAGUAUGAAGUGGAACGACUGAAGGAGGUUCUUCAAGAGGCGGGUGGUGAAUUAUCAUCGCUAGCUUACAUACAACGUUGGAAAAGCAUAUUAAAUCGUUCGUCGACAACAAAUCCCGGGACACAAUAUGAAGGUGGUGGCACCAAAACAGUUUCAAUGUUUUCAAAGCUUGUAUCACAAGGAUCGUCGUUUGUUAUGGAAGGAGUUAAAAAUUUAGUGGUGAAGCGACAUAGCCUGCCAGUUACUAAAUUAACUGAGCAAAUUAUGGAAUGUCGCAGUAAUCCCGAUACUGAUGAUUACCUUUACUUGGAUCCCAAAUUAUUGAAAGGGGGCGACGUUAUGCCUAAAAAUCGUGCACCAUUUCAAGAUGCCGUAGUUUUCAUAGUAGGUGGUGGAAAUUACAUUGAAUAUCAAAACCUGGUGGACUACGUGCGUCAGAAGCAAACUAGCAAUGCAACGAAGCGUAUUAUAUAUGGAUCAACGACUCUAACAAAUGCUCAACAAUUUCUUAAAGAACUUUCGGCAUUGGGCAGUGAAAUACGAGGCCCUAUUUUAAGUUAGGAUCCAAGCAAAAGCAUUUAUCCUUAUUCACGUUGGCAAUGCUGUUGAAAGCGAAAACUCUUGCAAAGUAAAAUUUUUAAGCUUCAAGCGUUGAUUUUCACCGAAAACUAUUUAAUUAUUCUUAAUAAUAAAAUCGUCUCACAACCAU